GCAUACGUAACACGUGGCCCAACGAUCUCAGUCGAUGAAGAUUCACAACCUCAUCAACUGGUUUACCAUCAUUCCCUAAUACCUUGCGUCUAACCUCACUAUUACUUACCCGGUGAUCCCAGCAGACGCCAGCAAUAUUUCUAAGGCAUCUGUGGUCAAAUACUAGUAGCUUACGAGUGUCUUCUACUCUUAAAGGCCAUGUUUCGCUGCCGUAAAGUAAAACAGAACGGACUGCCGCGCAGUAUACUCGUCCUUUUAUUGAUAGACGGAUAUCUCGCCUUCGCCAAAGGUGACGCAAGUUGGCAAAAGCCAAACGAGCUUUUCGAAUCCGUGCUGAGAUUUCGUCCGAUACCAGCCCAUUAAGGCUGAUCAGACUUCCAAGAUAAGUGAAGUUGUCGACGCGUUCGACUACUUCACUCCCUAUCCUUAGUUCAGGUGUUGAGACAGACCAGUCCUGAAGCAACAACUUGCAUUUAGAGGGAGAGAAGCGUAUUCCAAACAUUCUGGCAUUGUUGCUUAGUGCUACGAAAAGACUCUGCAUUUUGUCAGCAUCUUCUCCGAACAGGACUAUGUCAUCUGCGUAUUCUAAGUCGAUAAGUGGACCUCCUGGAUGGAGAUCAAUACCCGAGAACUCAGUCGACGAGAAAGUUAUUUCCAUCAGUAGAUCUAUGAUGAAGUUAAACAAAAAUGGGGAAAGUAGACAGCCUUGACGAACACCACUUGAGGUUUCUUUGUAUGGUAUGGUAUGGUAAACCCCGGAGUUCUGGAAUUGUACGAGUAGCUGCCCUCUAUACUUUUUCCAGGAUACCCGAGUCACCUUUUAAAUAGGGGCUUGCAGCAUGAACGCAGUUCUCAAGCUUAAUUCUCACUAAGGUUUUGUAUACUGUAGUGAACACGGUAGUAUUUAACUUAGUGAAUGUCCGUCUUAAAGCCCAAGGAGUUCUAAACCCCUUAGCUGCGACCUCCGUGCAACGAGCCGUAGUCUUGAGAUCAUGACUCACUAUCACCCCAAGAUCCUUAUGAGACUGGACUAUGGGUACAGGCACUUCCUCUAUUCUGUACCUAUCAACCUUUGUAUCCCCAAAUCGGAUGUAGACACACUUUGCCGCGUUGAUAGGCAUCAGCCUCUCUUUAGACCAGUUAGUCACAUUAUUUAAGUAUGCCUGAAGUGCGCAUGCAUCUGCGUUUCCCGUUAUUACUCGUCAGAUUUUUACAUCGUCAGCGUAUAAUAUCAUUGGGGACUGUACUAUACUUGGGAGAUCAAUUAUAUACAGUAGUAAAAGUAAAGGACCGAGGACAGAAUUUUGAGGUAGUCCACUAAGUUCGGGUCUUCAGGUGGAGCACUUGGAGUUUACUCUUACUUUCUGUAUACGACCUACUAGGAAAUCUUUAGGCCGUUUUAAAAGAGGUCCGGCAAUACCAAGAUAUUCUAACUUUAAUAGCGGUCUAUUUGUUGGCACGUUGUUAAAUGCCUUACUAAAGUCUAUGUAGACAACAUUCACUGGUUUUCCAUUGUCUAGUGCCUUUAUCCAUUGCUCCCUUGCUAUAAUGAGAUUUGUUGUGCAAGAUAACCCUUUUUGAAACCAUGUUGUGUGCUGUUUAACAAGUUGGCUUCCACAAAUGCCAUUAUGGUCUUUUUGACUAUUCUUUCCCGUAUCUCAACUACGACAUUGGUGAGGCUGACAGGUCUGUAGUUCGAUGGACGUUGUCCUGUUUUGUGUAUUGGAGUGACGAUUGCAUCCUUUCAGUCCACAGGUAACACACCGUGGCCAAUUGACAUACUGAAUAUCACAGUUAGUGGGGCUACGAUAUAUUGUUCAGUUUGUUUCAGGAUUUUGGGGUAUAGUUCAUCUGGUCCUAUUGACUUGUCCAUGUCCAAGGUACUAAGAGUCUUAAGUACAUCGUCUUGAUCAAAGUCCACGGUGAGCAGACGGUUUUCGACUUUGUAUUUGGGUCUGGUCCUUUGUCUAGAAGAAGUUCCUGAGUGAAAACUGCCUCAAAAUAGUUAGCCAUAGCCUCCGCGUUUUCCCGAUCAUCCUCCAUUAUUUCAGAUUCACUCCCUUCUUUAAUCAGGCUGGGAAUCCAAUGGUGCAUCCUUGUUCUGUAAUUUAUGUACGAGAAUAAUCUCUUAGGCUACUUGAUUGCAGAUUAUGCUAAAUGCAUUUCAUAUUUUCUCUUGGCUUCCGGAAUUUUAAUUAUACACUUAUUUCGUAUCGACCUGUAGAAUUCCAUCGUAUUUGCAGCGUUCAAGGCUGAUGACAACGCUCCAACAUUUCUUCUUUUAUCUUAGUAAACGUCGAAUAUCCCGGCCUAUCCAGGGAUGGCUGUGCUUCUUUUCUUUGGGACUAUCCAGGGUGUGUAUGGUUGAGUUACCCGGUUGUAUGCCUGUCUUUUCUACUGAUGCCCCCCUUGUAAAGCAUCCAAGUGUCAGCCGACACUUCAGAGUUUAUGCCCUCUAUGUUCUCACUGGUAAUCACAUGAGCACCACUCACUGUUAAUUAUUUUGUUGAAACCUAUUUAGCAAAAGUCAUCUUGCUGCACCACAUCAUCUAAUGUUGCGACAUAUAAGCUUAGUUGAUCCCUACAACUUAUAAUCACUAUAUCCCAAUUAAAUCGUUUCCCGUCUUAUACUAAACUGCAUACUUGCAGCUGACUUGUAUGCACCAUCAGCCGGUAGGUAUAUAUAUAAAUAAAUAGUCUAUGGCAAAUCAAGACAUUGAGUUUCGAGCAUGUAUUUUACGAAUACACUGAUGUUUAACUAAUUGCUGUUAGCUACUCGUCCGAAUUUCACAUACUUGUCACUAUUCACAUACUAAAACACUUUUUGAUAACCAUUCAUAUGUAUUGGUAGUAUUACUGAAUUCUAUCACGGUCAGGUAAAAAUGAGGUCGAGAAAAUCUCGUAACUGAAUAAACCGUAUCAUUUUAUUACUGUGCACUUUUAUAUCCUAGAUGGUUUUGAGUAUCCAUGGUCAUUGGCGUGGUAGCUCAACUUCUGAACUGAUAGUUGUUUGCUGCUAGUGUUCAUGAGUUUAUGACUUUCAGGUUGUGUUAUCGACCUACUAUGUUGUAGCAGUUCGGUCGUAAAGAUGGUGAAGAGCAUACCUACUUUUAAAAAUGAUCGCAAAUUUCUCUUUCCGAGGUCGAAAUCCAGAGUGAAAUGAUUUUGUUCACAACUUUACUGAGGCUGUUGAUGUUUUAAGCGCAAAGUGGAAUUCAACUGUUUGUUUUCAAAAAUUGCACUUAAAAUGGAGCCAAGGUCUAGGACUUUUUUCCAGACUAAAACUAGGCUUCAGCUUACUUGUCAGUUGCAUAAAUUAAGCGAAAUCCGGAUUCGUUUAUACCUGUGAAAGGGGUCACUGGUCAUUUACCACUUUAUUUCCUUGAUAACCAACCUCAAGAAACGGUCUAAUUUGACCACCGAGGUUCUUUUCCUGCUGUCAUGUUGACCUUGCUUUUUUUACACAGAAGUCGAUGUAGUCUGUUUUGAUAUUCAUUCUGGGAAGGUCUUUGUUAUGUGCUUGGGACAAUUAACUGUUUGUGUAGAUUUUUUUUCGGCCCAAUUCACUUAUCUGUCCUAAUUUUAGUGAGGAUUGACAUUUUCCCUCGUUUAUACCGUCUUUAAUUUUGGAAAAGUUUCUUCAUAUCAAUCUCAUUUUGGAGAGCGAAUAUUUAUUUAUUAUAAAAUAUGUAUAGUUAUCUGAUAAAAGUUAUAUCUCUUGUAAUCUUUCGUUAGGCUAGCCAUGUAUUUCUUCAGUCAAAGCUACAUUACCUAGCAAGAAAUUAUUUAGCAGUUGGUAUAUAGUUUAUUGGCUAGUAAAGGAUUUUUUUAAUGAUCUCUUAAUAUCAUUAAUGUAAUGCUUUGUGUCAGAUUUAAUCAUUGUAUAUGUAAUCUGGUUCACAACCCCACAAGGUAAUAAGGAGUUAAUGCAGCCCAGUUUUAUUUUGCAUGGGGUCACGUGUUUAAACUGGCGAGUCAAAGACCCAGCAAGAUCUCUUCAUAUUUGUUUAAAUUCUGUGAUUAGUGCAGAUUACCUUAGUUUUAUACCAGAUUUUAUUAAGUGGAUUUCCUACUUCUUAUUCAGAGUUUAGUAAUUCAAACACCAUAAUGGUUGUCGAAUCAGACGACUCUGGUUUUCGCCAACUGGAAUACUUCUCUUUAGUUUCAAAAGUUUGCACAGAAUUAACAAAUCAUUUGGGUUUAGAUGACAAAGUCCUGGCUGAAUUUGUUAUUCAUUUGGCUAAGAAAAAUCCGACUUUUGAAAAAUUCAAAAGUGCUUUGGAAAAGAAAGGCGCAGAGUUUACGGACCCAUUAAUAGCCAGUAUUUUACGCCUAGUUGAGAAAAUGCUUCCAAAGAAGGAGAAAGUUACUAAAAAGAAGGCAUUAACAUCUUCAUCUAACAAGAAAGAUUCUGAGUUAGAUGUUGUCAAAAACAAACUAGAAUUGAGAAAGCGACUUUUACCUGCUUUGUGUAUGCCAAAUGAAGAUCCAAACGACGAGCGAUUGAAUGUGGAAUCUGAAAAUGUAGAACCGUGCAGUGAUACUGAUAAAAAGGAUGGGAUUCGUAACAAAUUCGUUCAUCCUGAUGAACUGGAAGAGGAAUUCCAUAGUGAUAAUAUCAAUAAUAAAAAAGAUUGUGUAGAUGACGUCGAAGCUUUGGCUAUGAUUAAAGACUUGGAAUUAUUGUUAUCCGGUGCUAAGGAAGCAUCAUUAUCUAAGUCAAAGCCACGUGACGAAAAGAAAAGUGAAGAUAGACGUGCUCGUCGUUCACAUUCUAAAUCUCCUCAUCGUUCACGACAUUCAAAUCGAAGAGCUCAUCAAAGAAAUCCUGAUGCAUCUAGUGAUUAUCGUGGUCAUCGUAAAAAGUCCAGAUCACCUCAUGGGAAAGAAUCCAGAUCGCCGUCGCCCCACUCCUCCAGACAUCGAUCUAAGGAUCAUUCUCCAGCUAACAAAUCGUCUUAUCAUAGAGACCGACCACGAGCUGAUCAUAUUUCACCUAAAAGGUAUUCUCAUGGUUCAAGUAGUCCAAAUUACGAAAGUAAACGACUAAAAGAUCUUCCUUCAGAACCUAUUGUGGGCGAUAUCUAUCGUGGUAGAGUUACAAAUGUGCUAGCAUUUGGAGCUGUUGUUCAGUUAGAUGGACUUCGUAAGAGAUGGGAAGGUCUGGUGCAUAUUUCUCAGCUACGUCAAGAAGGUCGUGUAGCCAGCGUUGGCGAUGUUGUUAGUCGUAAUCAAAAGGUCUGGGUAAAAGUUAUCUCGUUCACAGGUACUCGAACUGGUCUUAGUAUGCGUGAGGUGGACCAAGAGACGGGUGCUGAUUUGAAUCCUUCACGCUUACCUGAGAAGAAAUCCAAUAAUUCUAGUGAAUCGUUAGAUAAAGAUAAAAUACGUCUCGUAGAUGAAGAGGAUAUCGAUGGUGUUCGGAAUCCUGAUCGUCCUGCAGCUAACUCUGGACCAGGAUUUUUCGGUAGACGCAAAGAAAUGGGAUUUGAGGAAGACAUUGAAUCUGGUCCCAAACGAAAGGUUCAACGAAUUAGUAGUCCAGAACGCUGGGAAUUAAAACAAAUGAUGUCAGCUGGUGUAAUUGAAAAGACAGAAUUACCUGAUUUCGAUGAAGAGACUGGACUUUUACCACGUGAAGAUGAAGAAUCUGACGAAGAUAUUGAAAUCGAACUUGUUGAAGAUGAACCACCAUUUCUUAAGGGUCAUGGUCGACAUGCGAUGGAUUUGUCUCCAGUUAGAAUAGUCAAGAAUCCAGACGGAUCAUUGCAACAAGCUGCCAUGAUGAGACAAGCUCUACAAAAGGAAAGACGUGAAAUGAAACAACAAGAAAGACAAAACCAAGUAACAGCUGAACGAGAGACUGCUCCUGAACGGAUGGGUAAAGAUUGGCAUGAUCCAAUGGGGUUUACUUUGGACAAUGAACCACAGUUUUCAGGUUCACGUUCAACUGACCAGUUUAAAGAUGUACCGGAAUGGAAACGUGCUGUUCAAGGGGGUACAAGAACUGGAGCUGUUGGUAAAAAGAUUGUACGAUCUAUUCUUGAACAGCGUCAAGCCUUACCCAUAUUCAGACUAAAAGAUGAGCUAAUGAAGGCAGUGAAUGAUAAUAAAGUAUUGAUUGUUAUUGGAGAAACUGGUAGUGGGAAGACUACCCAAAUAACACAAUAUCUAGCUGAAGCAGGUUAUGUCAACACUGGUCGCAUUGGAUGCACUCAACCACGUCGAGUAGCAGCUAUGUCUGUAGCUAAACGAGUAUCUGAAGAAUUUGGUUGUCGUCUAGGGCAAGAAGUUGGUUAUACAAUACGUUUUGAAGAUUGUACUGCACCAGAGACAAAAAUCAAAUACAUGACAGAUGGUAUGCUGUUACGUGAAUGCCUUAUUGAUCCGGAUUUACGCCAAUAUUCAGUAAUUAUGUUGGAUGAAGCACAUGAACGAACAAUACAUACAGAUGUAUUAUUUGGUUUAUUGAAAAAAGCUAUUCAAAAACGAGAUGAUAUGAAGUUAAUUGUCACUUCAGCUACUCUUGAUUCAGUCAAAUUUUCUCAGUACUUUUUUGAAGCUCCUAUAUUCACUAUACCUGGUCGUACAUAUCCUGUUGAAAUAUUGUAUAGUUUAGAACCAGAAAAUGAUUAUCUAGACGCUGCACUCAAUACAGUUAUGCAAAUUCAUUUAACUGAACCUCCAGGAGAUAUAUUAGUAUUUUUAACUGGUCAAGAAGAAAUCGACUCUGGUUGUGAACUUCUUUAUGAACGUAUGAAAGCUUUAGGCUCUGAAGUACCUGAAUUAAUCAUUUUACCAGUUUAUGCAGCUUUACCAUCUGAAAUGCAAUCGAGAAUUUUUGAUCCUGCACCUCCAGGCUCCCGUAAAGUAGUGAUUGCUACAAAUAUUGCUGAAACAUCUUUAACAAUUGAUGGAAUUUAUUAUGUUAUUGAUCCAGGUUUUGUAAAACAAAAAGUGUACAGUAGUAAAUCUGGUAUGGAUCAACUUAUUGUCACACCAAUUUCACAGGCUCAAGCUAAACAACGUGCUGGACGUGCAGGUCGUACAGGUCCUGGAAAAUGUUAUCGUUUGUAUACUGAAAGAGCCUACAGAGAUGAAAUGUUAGCGACCAAUGUACCAGAGAUUCAAAGAACAAAUCUAGCAAGUACAGUUUUACAGUUGAAAGCCAUGGGUAUAAAUGAUUUAUUGUCAUUUGACUUUAUGGAUCCUCCCCCAUUACAGACACUUGUCGCUGCUAUGGAAACUUUACAUGGUUUAUCUGCUCUGGAUGAUGAAGGACUGUUGACACGUCUUGGAAGAAGGAUGGCUGAAUUUCCUCUUGAACCAAUGCUUUCUAAAAUGUUAAUUAUGUCAGUGCAUUUACAAUGUUCUGAAGAAGUAUUAACUGUCGUUUCAAUGUUAUCUGUUCAAAAUGUUUUCUAUCGUCCUAAGGAGAAAACUGAAUUGGCUGAUCAACGUAAAGCGAAAUUUCAUCAACCUGAAGGUGAUCACCUUACUCUAUUGGCUGUAUACAAUGCAUGGAAGAAUAAUAAAUUCUCUGCACCAUGGUGUUACGACAAUUUUCUGCAAGCAAGAACAUUAAAACGUGCUCAAGAUGUACGCAAACAAUUGCUUGGUAUUAUGGACAGACAUAAACUUGAUGUAGUUUCAUGCGGUAAAAAGACUGCAUUAGCACAGAAAGCAAUUUUGUCUGGAUUCUUUCGUAAUGCUGCAAAGAAAGAUCCACAAGAAGGUUAUCGUACGCUGGUUGACCAACAAGUUGUUUAUAUUCAUCCAUCAUCUGCAUUAUUUAAUAGACAACCGGAUUGGGUUGUUUAUCAUGAACUAGUUAUGACUACUAAAGAGUAUAUGCGUGAAGUAACCACAAUCGAUCCAAGAUGGUUAGUAGAAUUUGCACCGAAUUUCUUCAAAUUUGGCGAUCCAACUAAAUUAUCACGUACUAAAAAGUCAAUGCGAAUUGAACCAUUGUUCAGUAAAUUUGAAGAGAAAGAUUCAUGGCGUAUUUCACGUGUUCCAAGGAAAUUUCAUGUUAAAGUUACAUUUUAAUAUUUAUUUAACUAACUUAUUGUUGUUCAACUUGUGUUUCAAUAUAGUAUUUUGUUUUUCUCUUAAACAAAUACUUAUUUAUUUAUUUUGUACAGAUGUCAAGUGUAUUUUUAAGAAUUCACAUAAUUUACUAUUUAAAUCCUUAAUGGGAAUGAUUGUGAAAUGUAACAGCGUCGUUGUCCUGUUUUUUCUCUUUUAAUACUGCUUCUUUCCUUUUUUUUACAGAAGGAUCAGUAUACUAUUUGUAUUUUAUUAUUUUACCUAUGUAAUCGACUUGAAUUUGUAGUAAAAAUAUGUAUAGUUUUUCGUUGGUUUCAUAUUUUGGUGUUUUAGUGAUCAUACUCUGUGCUAAAGUUUUGUCUUAGUUAUAUGGGCAUGAACUUUGUGUAUUCUCACAUAGUUCUUUGUUGUCUUUUGUUUAUCUUGUUGUGAAUAGUGUCGCUAUUCAACACAAAUUUAAGAAGUUGAAUUUUAUUGACAUA